AUGGAGACAGCGAGGUCGCCAAAUUCCUCCUCUCACUCGUCGUUUUCAGCUUCUUCAGAGCCGCUGCUUAAAAAUGAUGACCCGAGAACAGCGGUUAAACAACCCCGAAUUUCGAGAACAGUCGCAGUCUUCAUUAUUGGGAGCUUAUCUGGAAUAACAUUCUCAAGUAGUAUGUCCCAUGGCCUAUUGGCGGUUGGCCUACCAUAUAUCGCCACGGACCUGAAAAUACCAGAUCAUUUAUUACUAUGGCCUUCGUCGGUUGCUGCGUUGGCAAGUGGCUGCUGCUUGCUUAUAGCUGGUGCUCUCGCGGACUUGGUUGGUGAUCGCCUUAUCAAUAUCACCGGUACUAUACUUUUGACUAUUUCUGCCCUCGGAUCCGCCAUCGCAACGUCAGGUCUAUCCUUGAUAAUGUUCCGCCUUGUUGAAGGACUUAGCGUGUCUAUGUGCCUUCCUACCGGGGUUAGCAUCAUUACUAGGUCAUUUCCACCUGGAAAGCGGCGCAACAUUGGCUUCGCAUGCCUAGGUCUGUCCCAGCCCCUAGGGUUUUCUCUGGGUAUGGUUUUGGAAGGGCUAUUUGCAACUGCUCCGGGUGGGUGGCGCUUUGGAUUCCACGCUUGCGCCGGAAUUGGUCUCGCUUUUUCACUAUGUGGUAUUAUAUUUUUACCUGCAGAUUUGGAGCGCCCCAACUUUCACUGGCGCAGUGUUCUCUAUGAAAUCGAUUGGAUUGGUGCAUUGAUUGCGAGCACUUGCCUGGGCAUAAUAUGCUACAUUUGCGCAGUUCUCACAGAAAACAUAUCAAACAUAUAUGCUAUCCCGCAGAUUAUCUUGAUAGUUAUCUCGCUGACACUUAUGCCGGUAUUUGUAUUCUGGAUGGAUUUUCAAGAAAGGCGUGGAAAGCCAGUAUUGAUUCCAAACUCAAUGUGGAAGAACAAUACAUUUGUUUCAAUUUCCCUUGUCGUUCUGCUGACGUGGGGAGUCCUUCAGGGGUCGGAACUUUUCCUCAGUUUAUUCUUCCAGAAGAUUCAACAUUUGUCACCCCUUGAAACUUCGGCCAGGCUACUACCAAAUAUACUCCUUGGCAUACUAUUGAAUGUGACCACAGGAUUGAUUGUUCACGCCGUUCGAAUUGACUACCUGAUAUUAUUGACAGCGGUGGCUGCUGCAAUAUCGCCUUUGCUGAUGGCGAUAAUUGACCCUAAGUGGAAUUAUUGGGCAUGUGCUUUCUGGGCUGUUCUUCUCGGGCCUGUCGGUGUCGAUGUGGUUUUUACUGUGGCCCAUCUUAUUAUCACUGAUAUAUUUCCAGAAUCCACUCAUGCAUUAGCGGGAGCUGUAUUCAAUACAAUUGCGCAACUAGGUACUUCCAUUGGUUUGUGUGCGAUCGCCGUCAUAUCGUCAGCAGCAAAACGUUCUUCGGGUUACCCGGAAGACUCUCCGAAUGCCUUGAUGACUGGAUACCGAGCGGCGUUUUGGACGUGCUUCGCCAUGACAGCAUCUACAAUUGUUGUCGCGUGUAUUGGUCUACGAAACAUUCGUAGGCUAGGAGCACCAAUAUCGGAACCGACUAGUUGA